CAAAGAUUUUUAGCUUUCUUUUUAACGAGCCAAGACCCCCUUCUCAGUCGAACUGGAACCGGAAUCCACCACUCCGUCAUCCGCCCUGCACCACCGCACCGGCAUUCUGUACGGCCGGUUUCAAUUGAAUCUUAAACCUCUGUUUAUAAUUUCUUGACUAUUAUUCCUCUUAUAUAUCUGCGGUCAUCAAGGUGUGUUUUCCCAUCGAUUUUCAAGGUUUUAGGUCAUGAAGAAACAUAAUUCAUAAUUGUGUGUAUAAGAUUACCUGGAGAAGAGCAAUCGAAAUCACAAGUUAUCUUGUUCUUUCUGCACACCAACUGCUCGAUGUUUUGCUUUUACCGCCACUUCUGAUUCUGGGUGAACUUUAAUUUGGUUCCUAGUGGUUCAAUCAAGCAAGAUGACCUGGAUGUAUAUUAGAAGAGCAAUCACAACUUAUCGAUUUCAGCCGAGUCUUUCAUUGUUACGGGCUGUCCAUAAUGGAGCUGAAACAGCUCGUGAUUCGCCACUCGGAUCCGCAAAUGAACCCACUUCAUCAUGUUAUAGUCGCAGCCUUCGUCGUUUGCCUUUGGCUUCGAGAAGUGGUGAUCGAUCCAGUGAUUACAAGAUUGACAUUGUGGACGAUGAGACUUGGCGAGUUUCGACAGGUUUUGCAGGUGUCCGGAAAGAUGGUAUCACCCCGAAUCAGUUACCCACUCGUGAAAAAGCAGUUAACAGUGAAUCUCGAAACUCAGAUCACCCGGAUUUUGAUGACAUUGAUGAUCUGAGAAUAUGUGGGAAGCUGUUCUAUAAGCUCGACAGAGAUUCAAAGGAGUAUGAAGAGUACAAUUUCGAUUUCCGCAGGAACAAGUCUUCGAAAAGCAAGACGAAACAGACCCAAAAAGAAGACAAAACGAAACGGAACCAUGUUGAACAGAAGCGUGAUGAGAUGAACCGACUGGAAAAACCUGUGAUCGAGAAGAAGCUACGUGUUCCGACUUUCAAUCAACUUACAGGGCCAUACCAUGAGCCGUUUUGUUUGGAUGUUUACAUCUCAAAAGCAUCUGUACGCGCGUGCAUUGUUCAUCGCGCGACCAGUAAGGUUGUGGCUGUAGCACAUUCCAUUUCCAAGGACUUGAAGUAUGAGUUGGGUUCAACUAGGAAUGCUGCCGCUUGUGAUGCUGUGGGGAAGGUAUUGGCACAACGGGCUUUGGCCGAUGAUAUUCAUAAUGUGGUUUAUACACCAAGAAAGGGUGAGAAAGUGGAGGGAAAACUUCAAACUGUAGUUCAGUCUGUGAUUGACAAUGGCGUAUGGGUGAAGAUCAAGCUUAAGAAGACCAAGCCUCGAAAAUCUGGGUUCGCGUCUGUAAAUUAUGACUCUUCAAGGUCGUGACGCCAGUGGUAAGCGCUUGAGGCCCUGUAAUAGAGGCUCGGGUUCGAAUGUUGCUUUUAUGCUUUUACCUGAUCACAUUGGUUGACGGGGACCAGUUAGUUUUCCGGUAAAGGGUUAUGAUGCUUACCCAAAAGAAAAAUAUAAGCCUAAUUAAUGUCUUAGUAGGUUCUUAUUGGUUCUACUUUUUAAAUUGAACGCCUUUUGUUAUUAUUAUUGUUAUAUCAGUUUUUACUUCCUAUGUUUU